CAACGCCCCCGCCUGGGCUCUCAAUGGAUGCCAAACGAUUUGUCUUAAGAAGCUGCUGCUCGAGAGAUUCAAUCAGCUGUCUCCCUGAUGAGGUUCUGAGCACCAUCUUGUCCUUACUCCCCACCACAAAGCAAGCCGCUUCAACAUCUAUUCUCUCCAAACGAUGGAGGUAUCUCUUCACAGUGUUCGAUACUCUCGAUUUCGAUGAUUCCGACACGCAAGUAAAAAAAGACAGCGAACCUACCACUAGCUACGUGUUUCCCGAGAGUUUCAAGAACUUCGUGGAUCGGUUCCUUUUGCAAACCACCCACCCGAUCAACAAACUCUCUCUUCAAUGCCACGUUGGCAAAGACGACGACCCCCAAAAGGCUUGCGUGAGCAGCUGGAUAACCAACGUGGCUAACCGGGGCGCUCGGGAGAUCGACUUGAGGAUAAAAGACAAAGGCAUACACUAUCUCCCUCCUCGCCUCUUCGCCACCGAAACGCUUGUUAAGCUGACAAUAGGAACAAAGCUCUAUCUCGGAACCAUCCCUCCAAACGUCUCGCUUCCGUCUCUCAAGACUCUCUUCAUCGACACUGUUUUUUUCGAGUACGGAGAUCUUUGCUGUGUGCUUCUCGCUGGUUGCCCUGUUCUCGAGGAGUUGACAGUCCACCACCAUAACUUUACCGCUACCCCUCACACCAUAGCGAGCCGGACCGUCAAGAGACUAUCGGUUCACUACGAUUCACCCAUCGAUGUCGAUGGCUGUAGCUUUAUGUCGUUUGACAUGCCUGAGCUCGUCUAUCUCGAAUACUCUCAUUGUGCCUUGAGUGAGUAUAGACAAGUUAAUCUUGAAUCACUAGUCGAAGCUAAGCUGGAUCUUUACCCGGACAAAAACGCCGGUGAGAGGCCUGAUGUUACGGAUCUCAUUAUGGGGAUGCGGAAUGUGCACAUCCUUCAUCUUUCUCCUGUCUCUGUUGAUGUGAUUUAUUGUUACUGUCGGGAUGGGUUACCGGUGUUCAACAAUCUUGUCAAUUUAUCUAUGGGGAUUACGAGUAAGCGAGGCUGCAAGUUGCUGGCAUAUCUACUUAAGCAGUCUCCAAAGCUCGAAACCCUAAUCAUCCAGGAUAUUUGUGGUUACACUCCUGCUGUUUCCAUGCCACUGAACAAAGUGAAGAUGCUGCAUAUUCUUGAUUAUCAUGGGACUGCGCUAGAGUUGGAGACUUUUCUGCUGGAAUUCGAUUGUCUUGUAAUGGUUCAAGUGGAUGUCAGAGAAGCUGUAGAAGAUAAUGUCAUUACACUGCAAACCAAAAGGAGGGAUCUAAUGAUGCUUCUUGGAGCUUCACUAUCAUCCAAGUGCCAGUUCAAAGUCACAUAGGCUUAAGAUGUUGUAUCCAACUUAAUAUUAUGACAUCUGACUUCUAUAAUCUGAACAAAUUUUUUACUUUUUUUCAUUAUGUAAAGUGUCAUUGUGAAUAAUACCUGAU